AUGGAGGCCGAGGCACUGGCGACCAAGUCCUCGGUGCCCCGGUCGCGUGGGCGGUUGCGGGUCAUACUGGACUCGCUGCCGUGGCAGGCCGUCAUCAUCUUCAUCAUCCUGAUCGACGCAGUCUUCGCCAUCAUUGACAUUACCGUAGACAAUGCCGCUGCGCGGUACACUGCAUUGGGUUUCUCGUGCUUCGUCAUCCUCGUCUUGCUCAUCGAGGCGCUCGUUCGACUCUACGCCUGGGGAAUCAAAUCCUAUUUCAGCGAUUGGCUGAACUGGUUGGACAUUCUCAUCAUCAUCGUCUCCAUUGUCAUCCUCAUCGUGUUCUGGACUUCGGGCGGCUCAUUCAGCGUCUAUGGCCGCGUCAUCACCGCGUUGAUUCGUCUGUCGCGUGUGCUGAUCAACCUCUGGAAGCAGCGGAAGCGGCUGCAGGUGGCCGCUCGCCAUAUCGUGGGCGAGAACAAGCAGCGCUUCCAAGAGGACGGCUUCGAUCUCGAUUUGGCCUACAUCACUCCGCGCGUGAUCGUGAUGAGUGUGCCCGCCAUCAAGCUCGAGGCACUCUACCGAAACAACAUCGACGACGUCGCACGCUUUUUCAAGAAACGUCACCGCAAUCACUUCAAGAUCUUCAACAUCUGCGAGGAGAGGGACUACAGCGCCCACUACCACAAGUUCGACCACCAGGUCAUCCGGUACCCCGUGGCCGACCACAACGUGCCCACGCUGGGCCUAAUGCUGGCCUUCUGCGAGUACACCGAGCAGUGGAUGCACCAGCACCAGGAGAACGUCAUCUCCGUACACUGCCGCGGAGGUGCUGCUCUGUUCUGCUCUACUGGCAAGGGCAGGUCGGGCACGAUGAUCUGCGCGUGGCUGCUCUAUUCGGGCCUGUGCCCGACGGCCGAGGACGCGCUCCACCUGUUCGGCUCCAAGAGGACCGAUUGGUCCAAGGGAAGCAAGUUUCAGGGCGUGGAGACCCAGUCGCAGUGCCGAUACAUCGGCUAUUUUGAAUGGGUGAUCAAGAACAACAAGACGCUGCCCUCGCAUGUGCCCAGGGUGUCGCUGACCAAGAUCGUCGUCGAGGUCUCGCCCUCGCUCCAGGCGCUGGCCCGCAAGUACGGCUGGCGGAAGAAGGUCAACGCCUCCACCGCCUCGAUGCGCUCCUUCUACGACUCCAACGCCUCGUCGUCCGCCUACGACUCGAGCAGCGACGGCUACUCCAUGACCGAGUUCUCGUCCCGCUCGUCGUCGGGCUCGUCGUCGGGCUCGUCGGGCCGGGGCAUCGCGUCGUGGCUGAAGAGGCGGAAGAGGGCGGCCAAGGGCGGGCUCGAGGGCGACGACGGCGAGGACUCCGACAGCGGCGAGGAGUCGCUCAAGCCCGUGUCCGACGGCGAGAGCAGAGACCUGGAAUGGGGGCGCCUCGAAAAUGCUCUCAUUGUGGUGGACGGACAACAGGGCGAGGAGGCCAAGUGGCGCUUCCGAGUCACCCACACCGACGGCGAGAAGCUCGCGCAGCCCAUGAUCCUCUACCCGUCGUGGAUCAACGAAGAGUUUAUGAUCUUCGAACGGGAACUUGAGGCGGUGAGCGGGUCGGAGAGGCUCGAGGGCCGGGAGAAGGAGGUCAUCCUGCGCGGCGACACGCGGCUGGAGCUGCUGGGCCAGGACGAGCGCGAGCGCAAGGAGCGCAUCUUCCUCUACUUCUGGAUCCACACAUCGUUCAUGACCGACAGCUCCAGCGCGAGCCGCGCCACCACGCCCCGGAGCAGCGGCACCAAGAAGGUCGCGACCACAACCAGCAGCACAGAGCUAAGACAAGACGAAGGCGACGAAGAAGCAGAAGAAGACAGCGAGUUGGUGCCGAUGAGUGGCGGGAGCGACGACAGCAGCGCGACGACAGAGAACGAGAAGAAGACGGACGACCAGCUGGUGAUGGCGCUGGACAAGAACGACGUGGACCGCGGGAGGUACAAGGGCUGCCCGUUCAAGAAGGCGGACAAAGUCUUCGUGCGACUCCACUACAACUACGACAACUAG